AUGAAUUGGGGAAGUGGAUAUGAUACAUCAGUUAAGAAAUUAAAAGUACAAGUUCAACAUCUACAAGAGCUAUUACAAAUGGAACGAAAAGCAAAUUUGAGAAAAUUAAGUUGUGAGAACAAUAGUACUAAUAAUGAUGAUGAUCUUGAUAAUAGGCAGCAAUUGAAUAUUUCUGAACAUGAAAAACUUUGUAAUCAGGUCGAAUUAUUAACUAGAGAAAAUACCAAGUUGAAAUCAGAACUAAUUAUUUCUGAAAAGAUUAGAGAAUUGACACAUGAUAACACAUUAAAAAUUUUAAAAAAAGCAAACAAGUCCAGUUUAAUCAUAGACAAUAGUAGUAAUGAUGAUAUAGUUGAGAUAAAAAAAUCAAUCACUGAUAAAGAAAUGGAGAUUAACGUGUUGAAAGGAAAAUGUAUAGGACUUGAAAGUGUGAUUAAGAAGCAAC